CGUUUGCGGAUGAUACACGUUUUACGCGUGUCUCUGCCGAGUUCACCUAAUCGGUUCGCCAACUGUGACUGUGGUAAAUACGCGCGAAAACAAGUGGCUACGCGACCUGACAGUACAUCGCGUUUCGUAAGCGACUGUGAUUUUUACGCGUCGCGAUAUUUCGUAUCGUUGUAUAUUUCUUCGGUGGCUGGGAGAUUUUCAAAGUGAAAAAAGCCCGCUAAAGCCGUUGCGCGUAGCGUUUCGAUAACCUGCGCGAAAUUUGGCUAGCGAAUUCGGUUCUCUGUAAAAUCGUCGUGCAAGAUUGUCUCGUGGAAAGUUACGCGAAAAAGUGGCUCGUUAGGUGAAAGAGGAGAUAACGGCCAGUUGGAAAAAUGCGCUGGAAAACGAGUAGCUUGACGGAAGCACGAUGAUGAGAGAGACGAGAUUUAGCAACGCUACGUACCCCUCCGUUCAACCGUCAUGGCCAGCUUCUCGGCGAACCGACACGUAACACAGGAUAGAGGCAAUUUGAGCGAAUUUAAGGGCGUUUAAAGCACUCGCGGCGUAGUCGCUCGAAACGAAUCAUCCUCGUUUGUCUUUCGAUUCUUUCGUUCGAAGCGAAACGCGCCACGGCGACCAAAAACGACGCGUGAGAAAGAGCGUGAGAAAACAGCGGCUGCCACGACGUUUCUCUCUGAAACGAGGAACGGCCGAGAUACACCACGCACACACGCGCACCCCCGUUCCACCGUCAUGCUCUCCUAUCUCUCGUUCCUUCGCCUAACCCCCGUCCUAAACUUUCAACGUUCGCGUACAGUUCAUAUCGUUAUAUACCUCGCAUAGUUAUUCGAUUAUCGGUCGUUGGCGAAAGUAGCUGUUGGAAAAUAUACAGUAGCGUCAUCCACGGUAUCGCCAACCCAAGUUUCCCAGGAUCGUAUCCGAUCGUUGGUCGUCGGACAAUCACGUGCGAUCGUGUGAAACGCUAUGCGCCGACGCGACCACUCGGCCAAUUUUCUACGCUUUUUCCGAUCUUGCGACUUUUCUCUCGCUGCGCUAUAUAGCAAACGCGACGAAGAAGAAGAAAUGGAAAAAUGAAAGUAUCAAAAGUGGUGUACGCGUUGCAGCGAGGAGAACAGCCGAACGCCAUAUGCCCGUAACGGGAUCCAGCCGAUGAUAAACCACCGUACUGGCUGAAAAAAGCUACGUAUCCGUUUGUAGCGGAAAAAUCGUCAUUUUUGUCCUCGUAUACGUCUUCCGAAGAAACUGUGUUUCCUUUGGUUGGAUAAUUAUCGCUCAACGACUAUACGGUUUGUGAUAGGAAACUAGUGCAAUCAGCGGCGUGUGAACUUGUGAAUUUCGUAUUUGCUAUUUGCUAUUUGCUAUUUGGUAUUAUCGCGCUUGAUACCGUGCGACCGUUAGUGUAUAAGGUGUACAGGUGGAUGUGUUUAUAUUUCUAUAGUGAUAUUCUGCUGUUUAUGAAAAGAAAGUAGCUGUUUUAACGAUGGUGAGCCUUAAAAAUGAAGUGAACACCCGACGAAUCUUCGUCAAAAUAUGAGGAGAACGCCGUCCUGCGACCCGGGGCUAUCGAUUUCGUGCGAAAAUGUAUCUUACGCGUGUGUUCUUCGUUCUUCUGCUGGCUACCGGCUCAAGAUGCAUGUGCUCGAGCGGAUAUACUGGCCAAAAUUGCGAGAACGAGUAUAUUCCCUGCGACCCAUCGCCGUGCAAAAAUGGAGGCACGUGUCAUCAGAUCGACGGUUUGGAUUACCAGUGCAUCUGUCCCGAGGGUUUCCGCGGAGAUCAGUGCGAGGAGAAUAUCGACGACUGUCCUGGAAAUUUGUGCCAAAACGGCGCAACCUGCAUGGACAGGAUAAAUGAGUACUCGUGCCUAUGUCCUCCGUCGUACACAGGCACGCAGUGCGAACUGGACGUGGACGAGUGCUCGGUUCGGCCUUCGUUGUGCCACAACGGUGCCACGUGUACCAAUUCACCCGGUAGCUACUCGUGCAUAUGCGUGAAUGGCUGGACCGGGCCUGACUGCAGCGUCAACAUCGACGAUUGCGCAGGUGCCGCCUGCUUCAACGGAGCUACCUGCAUCGAUCGCGUUGGCAGCUUUUACUGUCAAUGCACCUACGGCAAGACCGGAUUGCUCUGCCAUCUCGACGAUGCUUGCACCUCAAAUCCCUGUCACGAGGGUGCGAUCUGCGAUACCAGUCCCAUCAAUGGAUCGUUCGCGUGUUCCUGUGCAACCGGAUAUAAGGGGGUAGACUGCUCGGAGGACAUCGACGAGUGCGAGCAAGGAUCCCCUUGUGAACACGAUGGUAUUUGCGUAAACACACCUGGCUCUUUCGCCUGCAACUGUGCACAAGGAUUCACGGGACCGAGAUGCGAGACAAACGUGAACGAGUGCGAGUCCCAUCCCUGUCAGAACGACGGCUCGUGUCUGGACGAUCCUGGGACCUUUCGUUGCGUCUGCAUGCCUGGUUUCACUGGCACCCAGUGCGAGAUCGACAUCGACGAGUGCGCGGCAAAGCCAUGCCUGAACAGAGGCGUCUGCACCGACCUGAUCAAUUCCUUUAAAUGCAACUGUGCCAACGGAUUUGCUGGUUCUCACUGUCAAAUCAAUAUAGACGACUGCGCCUCGUCACCGUGCAAGAACGGCGGUAUCUGUCAGGAUUCUAUAGCCAAGUACACGUGCGACUGCCCGCCAGGAUUCACUGGAGCAUCCUGCGAAACCAACAUCAACGACUGCCAAUCCAAUCCUUGCCACAGCGGCACUUGCAUCGAUGGCGAGAACAGCUUCAGCUGCAAUUGCUUCCCAGGAUUCACCGGCAAACUGUGUCAGACGCAGAUCGACGAGUGCGAGAGCAAUCCCUGCCAAUUCGGAGGAAGGUGCGAAGACCGUAUUAAUGGUUACCAAUGUAUUUGUAGACCUGGCACGUCUGGAACAAACUGCGAGGUGAACGUGAACGAAUGUUAUAGCAAUCCAUGUAGAAACGGAGCCAAGUGUAUCGACGGGAUCAAUAGAUACUCGUGCGAGUGCGAGCCGGGAUUCACCGGUCAACACUGCGAAACGGAUAUCAACGAGUGCGCCAGCAAUCCCUGCGCCAACGGCGGACGGUGCAUAGAUUUGAUAAACGGCUUCCGGUGCGAUUGUCCUCGCGGUUACUACGACGCUAGAUGUUUAAGCGACGUGGACGAAUGCGCCAGCAAUCCUUGCGUGAACGGUGGCACUUGCGAGGACGGUGUCAACCAGUUUAUCUGCCACUGUUUGCCCGGUUAUGGAGGCAAAAGAUGCGAAGCGGACAUCGACGAAUGCGGCUCGAAUCCUUGUCAACACGGUGGCACUUGCAACGACCAUCUCAAUGGAUACAGCUGCAAGUGCCUAGCUGGAUACGCUGGUACUAAUUGCGAGACAAAUAUCGACGAUUGCGCGGACAAUCCUUGCCAGAACGGCGGUUCUUGCAUCGACCUCGUCAACGAUUAUAAAUGCGUUUGCGAAUUGCCGCACACCGGCAGGAACUGCGAGGACAAGCUAGAUCCUUGUUCACCUAACAAAUGUCUUCAUGGCGCCAAGUGUUCACCAUCCUCAAAUUUCCUCGAUUUCGCCUGUACUUGCACGGUCGGUUACACUGGCAGACUCUGCGACGAGGACGUCGACGAGUGUGUAAUGACCUCUCCAUGCAGAAACGGCGCUACUUGCAGAAACACCAAUGGCUCGUACCAGUGCCUUUGUGCAAAGGGCUACGAAGGUCGGGAUUGUAUCAUUAACACCGAUGACUGCGCUUCCUUUCCCUGUCAGAAUGGUGGCACUUGUUUGGACGGUAUCGGCGACUAUACCUGUCUCUGCGUAGAUGGUUUCAGUGGCAAACACUGCGAGAUCGAUGUAGACGAAUGUUUGUCGCAACCAUGCCAAAACGGUGCAAUCUGCAAAGAAUACGUAAACUCGUACACUUGUCAAUGUCAACUCGGAUUCUCCGGUAUAAAUUGUCAAACCAACGACGAAGAUUGCACCGACAGUAGCUGCAUGAAUGGCGGUAAAUGCAUCGACGGCAUCAACAACUAUACCUGUGUCUGCAAACCCGGUUACACCGGUUCAAACUGCCAGUAUCGUAUCAACGAAUGCGACAGUUUGCCCUGUCUGAAUGGAGCCACCUGUCACGACCACGUUCAGUAUUACACUUGCCACUGCCCUUACGGAUACACCGGAGCCAGAUGCGAUCAGUACGUCGACUGGUGUGCGGAUAAUCCUUGCGAGAACCAGGCUACCUGCGUCCAGCACAAAAAUAAGUACCAAUGUAAUUGUUCCCCUGGCUGGACCGGCAAAGUCUGCGACGUUGAGAUGGUUUCUUGCAAAGACGCGGCUAUAAGGAAAGGAGUGCCGGAGAAAAGCCUGUGUAAUAACGGUACUUGCGAGGACAUAGGUAAUAGUCACCGUUGUCACUGCCUAGAAGGAUACACAGGUUCUUAUUGCCAAGAAGAAGUCAACGAGUGUGACUCUGCCCCGUGUCAAAACGGUGCCACUUGCAAGGAUCUCGUUGGAUCUUAUCAAUGUCAGUGUACGAAAGGUUUCCAAGGGCAGAAUUGCGAGCUCAACGUGGACGAUUGCAGGCCUAAUCCUUGCCAGAACGGAGGCACGUGUCACGAUCUGAUCAGUAACUUCAGUUGUUCCUGUCCUCCUGGUACUUUGGGCUUCAUAUGCGAACUGAACGUGGACGACUGUGCCGUCGGCACGUGCCACAACAAUGGUACCUGUACCGACAAAGUAGGCGGAUUCGAAUGCAAAUGUCCUCCAGGCUUCGUGGGACCUAGAUGCGAGGGUGAUAUCAACGAGUGCUUGUCCAAUCCUUGUUCUUCGCCAGGGACUCAAGAUUGUGUGCAAUUAGUCAACAAUUAUCACUGCAACUGCAAACCUGGCUACAUGGGACGCCAUUGCGAGGUGAAAGUGAACUUCUGCGACAGCUCGCCGUGUCAAAAUGGAGGCGUUUGCACCGCCAAGCAAGCUGGACACACUUGUCUCUGCC